AUGGCCAGAGGGACAGUGGCAGCAGUGGCAGCCACCUACCCACAUUUUUAUGGUGUGGUCCUGGCUGACCACAUCAGUAGCUCCAAGUUCGUGCCACCUAGUGGUGACAGUCCCACCGGCAACGCAGAUGGUGGUUUUCACAUCUCUUCACGAAAAACCCUUAAUGGAUUCACGCCAAUGCUGAAGAGAAAGGUAGCACUCAAGUUUUCAGAGAAACUGUCAUGCCACAAAAUCUGCAUUGUCCCCAUUCAGAGAUCAAAGAUUCAGCUUGCCCUGGGCCUGAGCGAGUACAAGAGAAGCUUCAGAUGGAAAGCCCCGGAGCUGUGUAGCCCGUCCCAAGAGCAGAAGCCCCUGUGGGCAGGACUUCGGUCGGAUCAGCUCGGAAUCACAAGAGAACCAAACUUCAUUUCCAAGAGAAGGGUGCCUUACCAUCACCCACAGAUUUCAAAAUCCUUUGAAUGGAUAGCAGAUUGUGAUUCGAAUGACCCACUUGAAACUGAGGCUCCUAAGGCUGCAGAGUUGCACACAGACCAUAACAACAACAAUGUGAAUCAGGAAAAAAUUGAUACACCAGAAGGACCCAGACUCCCCCCAGAAGUUCAGUUAAAUUAUGUAGAUUCCAGAGGUGAAGCAGCUCUUGCCCUUUCAGAAAACAACAUGAAGAGAUCAGCCUCUGCAGCUCCACCAAAUCAGAAUGAAGCAUUUGCAUCUCCAAAGAAGGAAACUGAAAAAAUGGGUAAUGGGCUUCAGAGAGUCCUUCAGAGGAAAGCAGGCGUGAACAUUUCACAUUUAAAUACUUUCCCCAGAAAUUCUGAAUAUCAAAGCCAAUUUGUUUGGAAGAAUCCUCAUGAAAAGUCACCAAUACUUGCAGCUGAACAGAGUAAGAGGGAAGAACCACUUCAAAAGCCAGCAGAAGAUACAGCAAAACAAGGGAAAUUGGAAGAGAAACAUCCUAAACAAAAAAAUAAGCAACAUAUCAGUCCAAAGCCCCUCUCUUUACGUACAACUCGUAGGAAGGUGAACACUGAAUAUAAGUCGAAGUUUUUGUCUCCAACCCAGUAUUUCUACAAAGAUGGAGUUUGGUCUCGUAUUAGGAGUAAAGUUCCCAACCAGGUAUCUCAAAACACCCUAAAUUCCAUGUGGUAUAUGGAGGUGAGAGAACUUCGAGAAAGAGCAAAGGCUUACAGGCAACAAGUAGAGGGAACACACUUCUCCCGAUACCAUCUCAAUCAGAUCCUGUCCGAUAAUAACAGUCUUUGGGAUGUGUCUUCAAAUUCCAGUUCAGAAGAAAGCAUCAGCAACAACAUCAGAGCACUAGAUCUUGCUGGAGUUUCUGAAAAAGAGACUGCACCAAGCCUUGAAAUGCUGCAGCAACCUGAUUCCAGAGAACAGCCACACCAGGACAGCACUGAGAGGAAAGAUAUGUCAGAAGCUUUAACUGUUCCAGUCAAAAAGCGCUUAGCUUGGGGUGAACAAGAAGGUACAGAAAAAAGGGAGAAUCAGCAGAGAACAGAAGAGGAAGAAAAACAAGAUGAACAUGCUGCAGUUGAGGCUCAGCACUUAGAAGAAAACAAUAAGAAUGCCAACGAAGAUAAGAAAAUUGAGAAUGAGAAUGCCUCAGUAUUGAAUUCUUCUGCAGCGGUGUCAAAUUCUCCUGUAUCCUUGAGGACAGGCGGCAGGCUUCCUACUCCAAAGCUGAGAGCGCUUGGUGGAGCUCAGAGGACUCAUCAUGAUCUCACUACUCCAGCUGUUGGAGGUGCGGUUCUAGUGUCUCCUCCAAAAUUCAAGUCUUUGUCUUCGCACCAGAGAGCACAAGGUUUAGGAACAGUCCCUUCUUCAGCUAAGCAAGGUGCAAGAGAAGCUUCAAAAAGAAGGUCCUUUCAGCCUGGUGCGGAAGUGGAAGCUGCUUCGCUCCUUAUGUCUCCACCUGCUGGGCUUGGAACUUUGGAUCCUCUGCCACUUAGGCAGGAUCAGCAGCCUCCUAACAGUAUUUCUGAUGAGCACGUUCUUGCUUCAGCUCAUCAAGAGCAUUCCUCUACACCUCCUGUGCUGAAGUCAGUCCAAAGCUACUCUAUGCCUUCCUGGAGUCCCUCUCGUCGUAUUCAAGGGACUCUCAAGGAUCCAGAAUUCCAGCAUAAUGGGAAUAUUGGCAAUCCGAAAAGGAGAACUUUCCAGUUACCCCUUCAGGAAAGAAACUAUAAUGAUGAAGAUGACAGGUUGUCUCAGAUUUCUGCUCGCUCAGCAGCAUCGAGCUCCCUGGCAUCUCAGAUACUGGAACGAGCUCAGAAGAGGAAAGAUUUCUGGGGCAAGACAUAA